AUGAAAACUGUCCAGAUAAUUCCUAGUGCUCCUAAUCAUAAUUUAUGCAUAUCACUUGGGUGCUACGAUGAAGUCUUUUUAUUAGCAUUUGGCAGUGGCAAAAACAUAGUCAUAGUCAAAGCCAAUACUUUUACGACCCAUCAAGUCUUAUCUGGGUUCCAUCAAUUUGAUGUCUCUUCAGUUGGCUGGGCAAGGACUGGAGGAAAAUUAGCGACAGGAAGCCACAACUUAAUUGUAAUUUUUUUUCCAAAAUUAAGGUCUAUUUCUGAUUGGGAACCAAAAAUUCAUCUCAAGCCUGAGCAUUCUCCAACAAGCUUAUCCUGUUUUAAUUAAUUUUAUUAUACAAUUUAUAUGAUAUUCCUAUUUUUUAUAGUAAAAAUAUUUAUAUAUUUUGAAAUUUUGAUUUUAAUUAAUAAACUUUCUAUAUCUUGGUCAUUUUUUGGUGAUAUCCUUCUCAGUGUCAGUAAAAAAGUAUGUGUCUGGACCUUUGAUUCCAAAAUUUCUGAAGGAAUCGAAACAAUAGACCAGCCUUUCUGGUCAGCAAAAGUGACCUACGACAAAGGAGUGAUUUCCCCAGACGGAAGAUUAAUUGCAGUAUCAAAAAAUGACUCAAAAGUGAUGGUUUACUACAAAGAAGGCGACUAUACUGAAGAAUCCAAGCUUCAAACAGACGCUUUAAAGCUCCUCAGACUUAACCAUUCUUCAUAUGUUACAUGACUUGAUUGAAAAGAUAUCAGCGUUUUCAAACUUUAUUUAAAUAAAUACAACCCAAACUCCUUACUAACCAUAUGUGAAGAUGGCUGAAUCAGGAUAUGAAGCGAGUAUUCGUCACCACAAGGAAUCGGAUUUAACGUCCUUUUCCAAUUAAAAACUGAUAAUGGUAUGGCAAACUGGCUUCGUGACUUCAGAAAUAUGGAAAAUAACAUCUCAUUGCUAGCCCAAAAGCAAGAUGCACUGCGGCAGCAGCAUGGUGAUAUAGAAUUCACAAUGAAUUCCCGGUCUUGCUUAAUAAGGUCUAAAACAAGUGAGCCUGAUAAAACUUUAUACGGAGCCAUGAUGCGCGAAAAAACACCUGUAGAGUGACUUGUGGUCGCUGAAAAAGAAAAAGUCACCUUUUUCAUGUGUGAAGGGGUUGGUGCUUUUCCAUUGACAGCUAUUAAUAUAAAAUCCCAAUUUCAGUAUGAGCAUUAUUUUGGGACUGAAGCAGUCAGAUGGAUUCCUGCACAGCUGCCAUUUUUUGUGAUACGAGAAGUCGAUGAAGUCCAAAUAAUUAGUGCAGAUAUUAUACUUUUUUAUAUUAAAUACAUUAAUUUUUAUAUGAAAUUAAUAAAAUAAUCAGAAUAAACAUACAAGAGAUUUAGUCAGAUGGAGAAGAAUGUUCCAAGCUGGAGCCAAAGAUAGCCUUUAUGCAGUGCUAACUGGAGUCAUGGGUGGGCAUUUUGGUGAAAUUAUUCAAAUAGAAACCCAUAAGUCUCUGCCUUUAAUGUGCACUAUUGAUAUUACAGGGGCUGUUAGGAUAUGGACAACAACCAGUGGAGUCAGAAAUGAUGAAAAAGCUAUAGAUGAGUUUAGACAUUGGGGGGUACUUGAAGAUUUUGAUUACACAUAUGUAAAAUGGCUUACUCCCCCCUCCGUGAGUGAACAAAACCAUUACUCCCCCCCCCCCUCCGUGAGCGAACAAAACCAUUAGAAAAAUCGCCAUUUUUUGACCAAAAAACCCACCCUCCGUGAGUGAACAAAAAUUUUUUUAAUAGAAAAAAUUUUAAUGGAAAAAAAUUUUGAUAUAUAAGUGAUAAUUAGUAUAAUGAAAUCUAGAGCUAAUUCUGUUUAAUUUUAAACAAAUUGCGUUUUAAAACAUAAAUUUUGCAAAUUAAAUUAAUAUUUGCUUCCCAAUUUUUGCAAAUUAGGAUUUUUUUAAAUUUCGAAAAAAAAAAUAUUUUUUAUAAAAAUUUAUAUAUAAAUUUUUUUUAAAAAAAAAAAUUAAACCCCCUCCGUGAGCGAACAAAAUUUUUUUGUUCGCUCACGGAGGGGGGGGGGGGGAGUUAGAAAAAUCGCCAUUUUUUGCCCAAAAACCCACCCUCCGCGAGUGAACAAAAUUUUUUUAAUAGAAAAAUUUUUUUAUGAAAAAAAAAUUUUGAUAUAUAAAUGAUAAUUAGUAUAAUGAAAUCUAGAGCUAAUUCUGUUUAAUUUUAAACAAAUUGCGUUUUAAAACAUAAAUUUUAUAAAUUAAAUAAUAUUUGCUUUCCAAUUUUUGCGAAUUAGGAUUUUUUUAAAUUUCGAAAAAAAAAUUAACCCCCCUCCGUGAGUGAACAAAAAAAUUUUGUUCACUCACGGAGGGGAGCUAGAAAAUUCGCCAUGCUUGUAUGUGGCAGAAGAAAUGGAUAUAUCUGUAUUUAUAAAUGGUUUUCUGAUACCCCAGAGCAGCUAAAACUUUUGACUAUGCAUUGGCAGACUAUGCAUUGUUGGAUUGGGCUGAAUGGAGAAUGUGAAAAACUGAAGGUUGGGGACAUUGAAGUCCUGAAGCAUACAACUUUUAGGUUUUUAAUGCUUGCGAAAUUCAAAGGGAUGGGAUAUAUUAUUUAUGAAGUAUUUUAUGAUGGACUUUUUGAUUCAAAAAUAAUAUAUCAAGAUGAUAAAGAAUUUAAGGACUCCAAUUUCCAUUCAUUUGUGGAGGGCUCUGAAGGGAAUAGUCCUGGAAAGUUUGUAAAUCAUUUUAUUCUGCUGAAUAAACAUAAAAUUGAGUCAUUUUUAGUAAAAGAAAACAGCUUAGAGCCAUUAUGGGCUAGAAAUUUAGAAGAUGAAGCUCACACUAUGAAAUUGACAAGAAUGAUUGCAGUUGUAUCACGCCAGAGCGUGCUUUUCUUGAAUUUUGAAGGAGAUGCGCUAGGCAAAUAUGAUGCUCCUUUUACUGGAAAAAUAAUUAUUGAUUUCUUUAACAUUGGCUUAGCCACUGAAAACGUGAUUCUUGGUCUUGGCAAAAAAAUCCUUAUAAUUUCUCAAGAAUUUUUAAAUAAUGUUGAAGAAUCUGAUAUGCCAUGAAGACUUGUCAAAGAAGUAGAACUUGAAAACGAAAUUUCUUGUAUCGGAAUUACUAUGUUUCAACAAAUUGUAACAGGAAAUGAUAGAAACUUAAUGAUCUAUAGAAAUACAUUUUUACAAGAAAAAUUAAAUGUAAAUCAAGAGCCAAAGCCGCACUAUCACCCAACAAUUUUAUUUGAAUUAAUGAGAAGCAACAAAAAUGAGCUUGUACUGAUGAUUCUUAAAAAAUUAGAAAUGCAAUUAGAUGAAGGAAAUGUUACGCAUAGUCUUAAACUAAAAAGUGAAGAAUUUCUUGAAGCUAAAAAUAGUGAACAAAAACCACAAGAAGCCCCUAAGCCACAAGAUGCCAGUUUUGAUUGGUUUUUUGAGUCGCAAGUCGUGCAAGCCCCAUUAGCUAUGACAAAAGAAGAAGAAUUCACUGAAAAAGACGCGGCAAGGCUAAAAGAAAAACUUCAGACCUUAGAAGUGGAGCUACCAGGGAUAAGCGGAAAUAUUUUUUCUUUAAUUCAGCUGCAAAAUGCUAUUGACUGUUUUGCGUUUGUAAAAAAUCAAAGUAGGACUAUGGACGAAUUUUUGAGAGUUUUUUAUAUAAACUGCAGGAUUUUUAAUUUAAAUUUAGACCAAAAGCAAAGAAAUAAAACCCAAUGCUUGAAUACAAUGGAUAUUGCGUGGGCGCUGCAUUCAGAUCAACAAGACACGUUGUUCCAGACACUUUUUACACAAGAAUUGACAUGGCCUCAGAUGAGGAUGUUUGGGAUGGGAAUUUGGCUCAAAUCUAUAUGGAAACUGAAAGCUAUGGUGGAAAAUAUAGCGAAAAAUGAAUUCCGAGCUAAUAAAGACCCAAAAACAGUCAGUUUAUGGUAUUUAAUAUACAUUUUUUAUUGAAUUUUUUUAAAUUUUUUUAUAAAUUCAUGUUUUCUAUUUUUAUCUUAUCAAGAUUACUAGGGAAAAAAAAUAUUUUACUCGGUCUUUAUAAAAAUGACUACCAAAACCAAAAAAUCUAUUCCUUUUUACAAAACGAUUUUUCUAACAAAGAAUGACAAAUAAAAGCUCAAAAAAACGCUUUUGAGCUCAGAAAACAAAGAAAAUACGAAAUGAGUGCAGCUUUCUUUUUAUUAGGAGAUAAGCUUAUAGAUGCUAUAGAAGUCCUAGUCCAAGACUUAGGAGAUCCUCAGCUAGCUCUUGUCGUAGCUAAGCUUUGUGAAGGUGAAAAUGGGCCAAUUCAACGCCAAAUAAUAGAAAAAUAUUUUAUCCCUACUGCACUUAAAGCAAAAGAUCCUUGGCUGCUCAGCUUGUCUUACGCAUUAUUAAAUAUGCCAGCAGAAACAUUAGACUGUUUAAGCUUCUUUAAAAAUGAGCAGCUAGAAGACACAAAUAUAGAAUUUUGGAACGAAAAAGUUCAGCCCACGCUUUCCGGCUUCCACCCUACAAUGACUUACUAUAUAAAACUGCUAAAAUCCAAAGUCCAAAUAAAAAGAAAUUUUGAAGCAAAAGGCCUUUCAUUAGAAAAAUUCGAAAAAAUCGAAAAAGACAUGGUAUCAAGAUGUGCUGAAAAUUUUAUUAAUGCAGGGUUAUCUAUAAUAGCAUUGAAAUCUAUAAAAGAUGAGCCAAUAAACCUGGAGCUUGUAGAUGAAAUAUUAAAAACUCAUUUAUUGAUGAUUAUUAGAGAUACAGCCAAUAAAGAAUGAAAAGAAAAAUUCCCAACACUGGUAUCAGAAAUAAGAUACCUUACCAAGGCUUUUAAUUUUUCUGAAAAAAGGCUUAUUGAUUUCUUUUCAAACUUGUUUUAUAAGCGAGAUUUGCGAAAUUAUCAGUGUUCGUUGCUUGCUGGUAUGAAUUUGAUGGAAAGUGCGGCUGAGUCAGUCCUCCAUAUAGCAGCUUUGGUCCAUAUCAUUUUAUCGCGCUAUUCACGAGACCCUUUUUUUGAAAUAAAAACCAAAACUUUGACAAAUGUGACUCAUGAUGUUUUGAACUGCAUAGAAUUAUUAAAAGUCCCAGGUAUGCCUAUUUAUAAUGAAAUAUCUGGUAGCCUAUCUAUUUACUAUUAAAAAAGUCAUCAUCGUUAUAAAUAGGUAUACUGAUCUCUAUCAGCUUCAUAUCAGCCAAAAAACUCAUUUAUUCCAUAUGGCAUUCAGUUUGUAUCUUGGGUAUUUUGUUCAAGCAUAUCUUGGCGGUCUUUGGAACCAAGCGAUUUUGAUACUACAAAAACUUCAAGAUUUUUUGCAUAAUAUAAACUCCGAGAAUUAUAUUGAUAUAAAACUUGACGAAAGCCGAGCUGUCGUAGAAAAUAAUAUUAUUACUACAUGGCUGAGAUUUCUUAUAAUGAAUAGAUUGAAAGAAAUUAUAUCAGAAUUUGACUAUAAAGAAAUGGACGCAUGGAUUGAUGAAAGUUUAUAUAAUUAUAAUUUAUUGCUGAGACCUGGGCAGAGAUAUCCGUUAAAUAAAGAUAUGACACCUAUGCUUUCUAUAGAAAUGUCACUUGGGCCUGGCAGAGGGACCAAAAGAAGGCCAUUGAUGGCUGUCUCGAGGCUUCUGGAAAGAGUGUCAUCAUGGAGAAGACGUCUCCUGCUGAGAGCUCAAAAAGCAAUUUCCAAUGAAACUAUGCAAGAAGCACAAAAAUAUAUAAACAGUCUUAUAACAACAGCAAAUGAUCUUCCAGAUAUGUUAAAGCCUCAUUUUGCUGAUGCUUCAGCUUAUCAUAUUUUUAAUUCGUAUGCACAUGGGAUGACACAAAUCCAUUUAUUGAUGCAGUCUUCUGCACAAGGGCUUUCCACUUUUAUAUAUGAAAAUAAAGGGAAAGUAAGCAAUAUGCUGGAAAAAGAAGGAUUUAUUUAUGAAGAAAAUAUGAAGGAAAACGCAAAUAUUUUUCGAAAUGGAAUUGAAAUAUAUGGUUUUAGGCUUUUUUUUGAAAAAUUCUUACUUCCCCCCCCCCCCCCUCCGUGAGCGAACAAAACCAUUAGAAAAAUCGCCAUUUUUUGACCAAAAACCCACCCUCCGUGAGUGAACAAAAAUUUUUUUAAUAGAAAAAAUUUUAAUGGAAAAAAAUUUUGAUAUAUAAGUGAUAAUUAGUAUAAUGAAAUCUAGAGCUAAUUCUGUUUAAUUUUAAAACAAAUUGCGUUUUUAAAACAUAAAUUUUGCAAAUUAAAUUAAUAUUUGCUUCCCAAUUUUUGCAAAUUAGGAUUUUUUUAAAUUUCGAAAAAAAUAUUUUUUUAUAAAUUUAUAUAUAAAUUUUUUUUAAAAAAAAAAAAUUAACCCCCCUCCGUGAGCGAACAAAAUUUUUUUGUUCGCUCACGGAGGGGGGGGGGGGAGUUACGAAUAUUUUUUUUAAAAAUAAAUAUUUUAAAGAAAAUAGGAUAUAGGCUAAAUUUCUGGGGAAAAAAAUUAUAUUAAAUAUAUAGAAGUAAAGAUCCAGUAUUAGGUUUUGCAGUAAAUCAUUGCAAUAAUAAGAAUAUGGCAAUUGCUCACGGCGGGAAAAAAGAAAGAAUUCGAGAAAUAAAUAUUGAGCACUCAUUGAAAUACAAAAAGAGAAACGAAGACUUAGAAAUAGACACAGAAUACCCUGACACUUGGCAAGAAUGCAUGCAUUAUCUUGACAAUAAGGCUGGAGCUGGAGAAUCUAUAUACAAUCCAGCUAUAAAUUCAGCAAUCUAUACACUUUAUGCACCAAGAACACAAGUUUUUCUAGAAGAAAUGGAACUGCCACCUCCUGUAUGAAAUAGAACACCUUUUGAUGAUCUUUUAAUGCCUCUUGCAUCAACUAAAAAUCGACUUGAUAAAGUUGACCAUAUUUGUGGACAUCCACUAUUGCCUCUUUAUGUCACUGGGAAUGAAAACGGACAAAUGACUUUGUGGCAGUAUGAAAGACCUAACAGUUUGCAAGAUUUUACACCAAAUAUGGCUUCAUCACAAAUAAAUUUCUUAUCAUUUAAUAGCUAUGGUGACAAAUUAGGUGUUUGUGAUGACAAUGGAAAUUUUUUCUUAUAUAAAAUAAUGGGUGCUUGCAAAUUUAAAAUCAUAUUAACACCUUAACACCCUAACACACCUGAAAUGAUAAAUUUUUUAAUCAAUUUUUAUGGCAUAUAUAUAGUUUGAUUUGCUCCCGUCAUCAUUUUCCCCACAAUUAACUAUGAUGGGAUCUAUAAGCAGUAAAUCUUCAGCAUUUUGUUUUUUGAAUCUUGGUUCUGUGGUAGCUGUUAUUGGUAGCAAACCAAGAGGUUUUGUAUCAAUUUAUGAUACUUUAGUGCCACUUUCACAAUCAUUAAUACACACUGAUGCUGUAGGUGGGACAACAUUAAAUUAUAUUUCAAGGUAUCAGCAGCUAAUUAUUGGUGAAAAGAGUGGGAAAAUGACAAGAUAUGACUUAAGGAUGCAGAAAGUUAUAGAUAAAAUUGAUUCUGGCCAUGAUUCUAUAAAAGAUAUAGUCUGUGACCCUACAGAAAUCACAUUUGCAACUGGCGGGAAAGAAGGUUUAGUAAAAAUAUGGGACAGCAGAAGCUUUACACUAAGAGAAACUAUUGAAGUUAGCAAGAAAUCCCGAAGCAACAAAGCAAUUACCAAGCUCCAAUUUGUGGAGACAUCACUAUUAGCCUCAGUAGAGGACGGUUCAGUUAAGUUAUUAAGAAUCACAACCCAUUAA